AUUAUUACGACAUUUUCUUUGUUUGGACAUAAAUUCCUGGUAUUAAAAUUUUUCAAGAACAUAUAAAAUAGACUAUGUACACUUGCUCACGUUGCGGGCGUCAAGUAUAUUAUGCUGAAAUAAAAAGUGCUGGUGGUAAAGUUUAUCAUUCGUUUUGUUAUCAGUGUUCGUUUUAUUAAAGAUUGUUGUAAAAGACUUCUAGACUCUUGUACAGUUAACAUAUAUAACGGAGAAAUUUUUUGUAACGGCUGUUAUAGGAAUAUUUUUAAUCCCAGAUUAAAUCGUUACAAAUUUCCGGAGCAAAUAAAAUCUACUAGAUGCGUUAAUUCAGAUUCUUCUGUAGGACACCUAACUUUAAAAAAAUUACCUAAUGAAUCGCCAUAUUGCCGCAGCACAAAAGACAAUUCCCCAAAUUCACACCGUCUUUCCCCAAUAAAAUCUGAACAUUGUUCACUAAACUCGUUCCAAGAUUUUCUUAAAAGUAAAGGAAAAACUUUAAACAAGUAGACAGUCUUUAUAAUUCGUUUAGUUAUAUUAAAUCAGAAUUAUACAUUUGGGUUUAAAAAAGUUUGAGACAACAAAAUCACAAGAGUAAUAGUACAAAAAGAACCAGUAGUGAAUCAUGUAGGAACUCUUUAACACACCACUGAUGACCCUGGAUUAUGUCACCAUCUUCAGAUGUGUCUAAUAAAGGGUGGAUAUGUAAACUGUGUUGUUCAAAAUUUCGCCGUAGUAGCAAAGUUAAACAAAUGAAUAAAGGAAAAGCGAAGAACGAUCCAAACAUUUUGUUCCAAAGUACAAUUUCCAGCAAAUCGGUAAAUGACUUAAACCCGUUUAGCGUAUCAGAUAAUAGAGUUAAUUCAGACUAUUCAAAGAAGGCACAAAAAGCUAAAACAUUUUCCCUCUUCUGUCCAAAAUAUUAUAACUGCGUUGACGUCAGAAACACGUAUGGUGGUUCGGCUCUAGAAGGUGGAACUAGUAUUGACAAAAAAUUGUGUGGAAGUUUGGGUUGGUUUUUGUUUCCAAACAAGUCUCAAAUUCAGAACGAAGUCCAAUCGAAGAGGACCUCACCUAUUACAAACAACACUUGUGACACUGUAAUAUCCAAAAAUACGUCAGAAAUCCAUCAAAAUUGGGAAACACAUAAAAAUCCAUUUGGCAUAGAAUGUAGAGAAGGGUCUUUAAUUUCUAAAGGUCCAAAUGAUUUACCAGUAAGUGUUAGAGAACAAUUUAAUGACGAUCGCGUUAUGAAAUGUGGAUUUCCAUGCAAAUUUUCGCCUGAAACUACUAAAAUAAGUUUUCCACAGCAUACAAUUCCAGCAAAAGAUGCAUGUUUGAGUAAUUUUAGUACAAAUUGUGGCCUGAAUUCACUUCCUGCUGCAAGAGAAAUUGUAGGUGAUCCAAAAAGACAAAUAAACGGAUUUCAUCCAUUUAAUAGAUCUCCUACACUAAAACAGGGGCUUAACAAUACAAAUAUGAGAGGAACGACGAAAUUAUAUGACUAUCAGGAAUUAGACAUGAACAAUUGUAUGAAUGGAGAUGCUAAUAUAAACGGAGAUAAACAGAUAAAAAAUGAAUAUGGUGAAAAUGGUACAAAUCCAGACACAAAAGUUGGAGAUAUCGUUUUCAAAGAACGUGUGCCUGAAGAUCUCAAAAACAAAGAUAUUUUCAAUUAUCCAGCUGAUGAUACUUGUGAAUUUUCUCAAGUGUUUGAAAACGAUGGAAGUGCCUUUGGUCGUUUUGCGUUGUUUUCGAGACUUUGUGACAAGUACAAAACCAUAAAUAGGCGCUUUACUUUAAAAAGGACCAUGAAAAAGAAGAGAAAACGACGAAAAGAUAAAUCAAAACUGAAAUGGCUCGCACGUUACAUCGAUGAACAGUUGAAAAAGAAGGGAAUAAUCGAAUCUUCGAUAUCUGAAGAUUUAGAGAAAUCUAUUAAAAUCUUCUUUAUAAGGCGAUUUGAUUCAGAAAAGAGCAGCGAUGAGAUAAUUGAAAACAAUAUUUAUAACCGAACUAGUCCACAAAAAAGAUAUGUAAAAUGUAGCAGUUGUGGCCGUGAUACAUCCCAAAGCCGUUGUUGGAAUUUCACCCUAAAAACUAGCAGUUUUAGUAAUACAAUAAGCGAAAGCAAAAACAUUACAAGCAAAUCAGACACGUCAGAAAAAAAUAUUAACAAAAGAACAAUCAUUGAACAAAACAACAACAAACGCUUUGUUGAUGUUGCUGUUAAUUACGAACUCCUUGUUAGUCCAAAAGCAGAUAAAGCUGUGACAGCAUUAAUUAGUAACAAGACUUUGAAGAUAGAUCAGUAUGUUGACACUCAUGAUAUUGAUCAAUAUUAUACAAACCAGAAGUACAACAGUCGUAAUUGUAAUAACAAUAUUAGAAGUAAAAGAAUGUGUUACAAAAAAAUUGACUUUAAAGAUGUUGUGGAAUGCUUUGAUGAAAACAAAAGAAUAGUAAAAUUAAAGAAAGAACAAAAUCGUCUAAUAAAAAAUAAAACCCACUGCUGUCUUAAGAAAACUUCAGUAACAGAUUUAACACAGCACAGAACGAAAAGAAGUUUACUUUUAUCGAAAAGUAUUCCUUCUUUUUUUAAAUGUACCACAAAAGAUAAGCAUAACAUGAAGCCAGGGAAAAAUUAUGAUUGCCAAGUACUGUUCAGAAAUAAAUGUCAUUCUAGUGAUGCAUCUUCACAUUCUCCAAGUUCAGAUGAUGAACAUAAUGUUUUAUUUAUAAAUAAAUUGAGUAGGAGCUCAUUCUACAUAUUCAUCACAAAAGCUGUGAACGAAGACAGUAAUAUUCGGAGAUCUUCAAGUGAAAUUUCCAUUAGAAAAAAAUGCGUUCUAAACAAAAGAAUAUUAGUCAAAAGCAAUUCAUACUGUUCACGCCAUAUCUACCGGAAAGAGAAUUGCGGGACUUACGAAAAUUAUCUUGUUGCAUUUAAUUAUGAAGAAGAUAAAUGCUCACUGUUAAAAAAGGAAAAUAACAAGUGUAAAACACGGGAUUCUUUUAAUGAAAAACACGCGAGUGGUUCUAGUUGCCUCGAGGGUUGUGAAGGGGGAUAUCGUACCUGACGAAUUGAAUUCUCUUGAUUUAUUUAAUAUUGGAGAAUCACCACAAAGAGAAAGUUCUUCCAAGCACAAUAUUCCGGAUAAUUAUAAAAAUGAUAAAAAUGCAAGGAAUCCAUGUCACGAUGGUUCACAGAAUUUAAAGAGGGAUACUGGGCAUGGCCGAUGUAGAAAAGACGGUCCUCCAAAACCUCUUCCCUUCAUGAAGGAACUGAACGAGUUUUGGAAACAGCGGCAAUCUGGAUU